AUGAAGGAAGUCGGAAUUACAACGAAGAAACAAGUUAAGCUCCAAGUUCAUAAUGAGAAGGGAACCCAGAACUUGAAAAAUGGAUCUCCAGUGAAGUUCAAGGACAGAAAUUUGAAGGUAGAAGGAGGGUUUAAUGGCAAAAUUUUAAGGAAAAAGGAGAAGGACAAACCUCUAUUUAUGUUUGCAAAUCCUACUAUCAGGAGAGUUAGCAAGGGUAAAAAGAAAACAACUCAGCCAUUGUGAAUCUUAUCUUACCAAGUCGAUCCUGAGACAUUUAUUAAUUCAAAUGCUAGUCAAAUAUCUUCAAAUCCACAGAUAUCUAAACUUCAGUUUGAUGGGGAGAAGUACAUCAAAGAACUGGCAAAAGAAGUUAUUCCAAAACGUUUGGAUACAGAAAUUUAUCAGAGAAAGAAUGGAACACUUGCUACCCAAAAUAAAUUCAGAAAGGCAAAAAUGCUUCAUACUAUGGAACAACCUCCGGUUGAUAGCCAGUUUCCUAACAUUAAAAAUAUCGAAAUAAAAUAAGCAUUUUUAUUCUUUCAGGAGGCAAAAGCCUGCUGAUAGAGUUGCUUUUAUGAGAACUUCUCCUUCAGCAAGGAGCUUCCUUCCAUCAAGUAGAGGCUCGGUCGGCCAAACUGACUAUGAUUACGACUUUGAAUUUUCUGCUGAGAAAUACGAAGCCAUGCAUAAUAUCCCAAUUAGAGAAAAUCAUGUAAUCGAGAUCCCUACAGACCUACAUGCUUUUGAGGAAAUCCCUGAACAAGAUGAGAAAGAAGAAGAUAAAUCUAUCAGGACGCUCAAAGGAGUCCCUCAGAUGAUCAGAAAGAAGUCACAGGAAGGCAACCCAGAGAUCAUCGAGACUGAAGUGGUGAAUGAAUCUGAGGGAAAUAACAAGUCUUUAGGCGUCAGUAAUUCUGAUAAAGUAAACACCUCAAUUCCUAUAUAAACACUAAUAAUCUCCCAUUGAGGAAUUUGAACAUUCAACUGAAGGAGAAGUACCACCAGAGUGAAAAGUUUAUCCCACAGAAGCUUGAGAAUGAGGUUGACAAGUCUCCCUUUGAAGUGAACAAAUUUAAUGAAAGCGAAAUCAAAAUUGAUGAGAUAGGGCCUAAUCUGACUGGAGUUGACAGAGUUGAUGAUACUUUCCUUAAGGAGCAGCAAGAUACAAGAGCACAUCAGCUCUAUAGCAAUAAUGCUAUUCAUGAAGCACUGAAAUUAGAAAAUUAUAAGAGCACAAAUCAAAGAAGAAAAAAUUCUUCAAUUAGACAAUCGAUGACUAAGAAGAGCCGUUCUUCGAAGAAAUUAAGCCCUCUGAAGCAAAACCUAAGUCAAGAUUUUGUGGAAAAUAGCAUGUACGAUAACUAUGAGGUUGAAGCUUCACAAGCCAGAUCAAAGAAAUCUGUUUUUGAACAGAACAGUAAGAUGAACAAGAAAUACAUCACGUCUUUUCUUAAUAAGAUCGCCAACCAAGGAAGGAAGGUCCCAACUUCAGAAGUAGAAAGAUUCAUGAAAUUUAUUGAAUCAGGAGCAAUAAAUGAUGAAGAUUCUGAAGUUGACAACUUCAUGGAAGCUUUACAGAAGGAAAGACCAAAUACUUAUUUCGAGACUAUUGAAAGGCAAAAUAAAAUUGAUGCUUUAAAUAGCCAAAAAUGUGGAAGGAUGGCUAGGACAUCCUCUAUGCCGAACUUUUUUGAUAGAAGGGACAGUAAACUAGUAACGCCUAUCGAUACAGUGCUCUUCGUGAAUCCUUAUUUACCAGAGAGCCAAGUUGACCUCCACGAGUACAAAGAGAUGUUAGGAAAGUACCGUAGGAUUCGUGUGAGGAAGACCAAGAACCUUAGGUCCCAAAAAGCUAUUAGUGCUAAUAAGGCUAAGAGAAAGGAAUUGGUCCAGUAUCGAAAGAUGAAGAAGUUAGUUUGAAGCGACAUGAUAGACAACACUAAAUCCAAAAGCGACAAAUUCCUGCUGGAGAAGGUGAUAGUUAAGAGAGCGAAGAAGAGAGAGAGGAAGGCGAGGAGGGAGAAGAGGAAGGAGAUGAAGAAGAAGGAGAAGAUGGAGAGGAAUGAGAUGGAGAAGGGAGAGGAAGGGGUAGGGUGUAGCAAUAUUUCAUAA